AACCAAUACCGAUCUAAGGCCACUGAAAUAGUAACCAAGAUCAUAAAGGGUCUCAAUGGUAAGGUUGACAGACUCGCCUCUGAGGUGGUAGAUAAAGUUGAACAGGCUCUCAAACAGGCUCUCCAAUCUCAACCUCAACCUGAAGGUCAAGGUGAUAAAGUCACAACUAAUCUCGACAGUCCCAUCAGUAAUGUCCUCACCGAUAAUAAUGGUCUCACCACUCUAGUCCAAAACGUCAAAGAAGCUCUCGAAAAACAUCUUGAAAUCACUAAUAUCCAAGGUGGUGUUGAUAAAUCUGCAGUCCAGGCAGCCAUCCAAAACCUCCAAUCUAAAAAACAAGCUGCCAUCGCCGCAGUCAAAGGAGCUCUCGGUGGUCCCAGUGCCAAUGAUACCGCUAAAAUAGAGGAUAAAGAUCUCACCGCACCUGCCACAACUGCUCUCAAAACUGUCAAACUCCAAAAUCAGGCAGGUGCAGUCAAAACUAAACUCACAACUGGUGGUAGUGGUAAAACCCAAAUAAAUAUCGGCCAUUCAAUCACUGCAGCUCUCGGAAAACUCAAACAAACUAAACCUGGUAGUAGUCAAGAAAAAGAACCCAAACCUGAAGCCAUCGCUGACGUCCAAUCCGCUCUCUCUCAAGGUACUGAUAAAGAUCCAUACAUCCAGCUAUGGCACAUUAAGGGCACUGAUGGCUACAGUAGUCUAGAUAGUGCCCAUUGGUACAUUAUGUUUCCAUUUCUUAUGGUCCUUGUAGGAAUGGGUCUGGUCUACUGCAUAUAUCCUGCCAUAGCUCCUGGAAUGAUUGUUCCAUUCUACCUGAUUGAUAAGAUUGAGAUGGUACUGUUGAUAGCUACCAUAUUUCCAGCUCUGUAUGUAGCAAUUGCCAGAAGUGGUAAACUGAUACCAGGUUUUGGUGGUUUCUUUGAUCCCGUGUCUCCUACAUGUAAUUGGGGAGCCACCAAUAAACCUGUUUGGCUACCAAGUGAUUUAGGCACUGGAUACCACUGGCACCUAACUGACCUAGUGAUUCCCACAAUGAUCAUUUUAGCCUAUUUAUUUAUUUACUCACUGCAUUACAGAGACUCAUCAGUUGCCAGAUCAAUCAUCAACCAACCCAAAAUGUCUACAUGUCUAACCAUUCUAUUCUAUAUGUGUCAUGAGAUCUCAUUGGCUGUAGGAUUUCCAGGUAUCUUUGGUGGUAAUGGAGGUGGUAGCAUCUUAGCCCUAACGGCACAGUUGAUGGGUGCAUUUCUGAUGUGUCUGUUAGCUCCAUAUUCUGAAGGUUACAUUAUUGAGUAUAAGAGACAUGAUCCUAGCAAUUGGCCUACAGCAGGAAUGACUAGGUGGAAUGCCCUUAGGUACUGGACCAAAAUGGCCUCAAAGAACUGCAAUAAGAACCUAGCAGCAUUGUUCACCAAGGACCUGAGAAGAGACCUGUUACUCUGCAUAGAAAGAAAUGAGCUAAUCUAA